UGGAACGAUUCUAAUCGGCAUUUAAUAUCGCGAAGUGCAUAUUCAAGUGAUUUGGUGCAGAUUUGUUUCUUGUUCGUGCACGUGCAAAUAGCUAAUAAAUGCGCCGCGCCUGAGCCGAGGAGAGGAGCGGACCGGAGGACAGCGGACGGCCAUGGAUCAAUUCUCGCACGACCUGACGUUGGCUCUCGAGGAGACCUCGCUGAUGGACAGGGCGAGUGGCGUCGGUAGGUGGGGCUCACGUCGCAGGACACGUUCCACGGGCAAUCUGCCCUGCGCCCCCCAGCCCACGGAGGACUCCUCGAGCAGUCCCACGGACACACUGAACGCCCUGGGUCCCCAUGGGCACCACCAUGGCCACCACCACGGACCAGGACAUGGACAUGGACAUCACCACCACACCCAGCCCCACCCCAAUGCCAAUGCCAACGUGGACGGGCUGGACACAUACAACCUCAAGUUGCCGGCCAGCGACUCGGAUGAGAAGGCCCCACUGACCUUGCCCGGACGCAUGGGCGCCUUGGAGUCGGACUCGCUGAACGAGACCACCUUCAGUCCAGCCAGAUUCUACAAGCCCAACUCGCGGAGGAAGCGCAAGAUCAAGCGCAUGUCCAUGGAGUUCGAGUUCAGCAAGGACUCGCCGCACACCUUCACCGAGUCGCCGCUGCAGCCCGGUCUGCUGAGCGGCACUGCCAGCGGGACCAUUCGCAAGCGUCUGCUGAAGAUGGACGCCACUGGCCAUCGGUCGCAUCUGUUUUUCUGCGGCAAGCGCAAGCGCUCCAAUCGCGAUCGCUACCACGAGCAGGAGUCGGUCAAGCUGUACGCCCCACCGCACUCGCAGGCGGAGGAACAGCAUCUGCAGCAGCACAACCACCAGCAGAGGAUGCGCCCGCGGAGCUACUCCUCCACCUCGAAGCCACUCAGCGAUCGCCUGCUGCCGCUGAACAAGGGAUUGCUCUGGAAGAUCAACCGCAUGGCUGCCCAGGGCCAGCAGGCCGUGCCCACCCAAAAGACUGACAACAAGGACAUGGAAUUGAAGGGCCACCAGCCGGAGAUGGAGCAGCUGCCCAAGCAAAGGGACGUGGCCAAGAAGCUACCGCCGCCAAACGCUGAGCCUGCGUCCGCCAGCCUGAACUCCUUCAGCAUGGACACCAUUGUGCCUGUGGCCGACAUCGAUGCCUUGCUGCUGAGCACGCCACCAGCUGCUCCGAUGCUGCGCAAGAAGGCUCAGGUGUCCGGCUACAGCAGCAGCAGCUCCUCCAAGACGCACCGCCGGCGCCGCUUCCACACGCUUCCACAGCCACCGCUGCAGACCCAGGCCCAGUCCAUGGACUGCAGCGAGCUCUACGACUUCCUGAGCUCCAGCUCCCUAAGCUCCUCCUCGGACAGCGAGGCGGAGGUCGGGGGACAUCGCCGGCACGACACCGACCGCGAGGGCGACGACGAACUGACCGACUGGCCGGGCAACGAAUUCGGACCCGGUGCCAGGUACGAUCCAAAGAGGAAGCUCACCAAGAAGUCACUACUGCCCCAGAUUCGCUCGGAUGACACAAUCGGCGAAGAUGACACCCUGAUGUCCGGCACUGAAGCGGGGGCGGUGGGAAUGGACCCGCCGCCGAAGUCUCCAGCCCAGCUGCCGGAAUGCCUGCAGGAUCUGUCUCGCUUUCAACCAGCCGGCGUCUCCGAGCCCAUCGAGAUUUUGUACGCCUGCUCGGAGAUGGAAACGAAUGCGGUUGGCGCCAUGCCGGCUCCCCGGCAAAUCGAGAGCGAGAUGUCCGGCGAGACUUCGAAUCCGUUUCUCUCCUCAUCGCCGCCAGGACAGGCUCAGGGACAGGAGGUGCGCGAGAUAAGGGCCGGCUGCCGCCGCAUCAAUGGCGAGCGACCAGGUUUCAGCAUCAAGAUGAGCGUGAACGAGCGCAUCGCCCGGUUCCUGCAGGACCCACAACAGACACAGAUCCGUCUGCCCGACAUCGAGCUUUAUGAGCCGGACAGCAUGUGCAACCUGGCCACGCUUUACUCCCUGACCAUGGCGGUGGAGCGCGGCUGCACGGUGCUCACCAAAACCAGGAACACCACGCAGGCGGUGAGCGUGGACCGUCCCCAGCAGGGUCUUCAGCCGCGUCCCGAUCUUUUCGGCGAUUUCAAGCGCCGCUGCUACGGGGAGGAGGAGCAGCUGCAGCAGCAGCUCCAGCAGGAUCCCGGGCAGACUCAGCCCCAGAAAUAAGAUACAUUAAUCAAAACUAGACGAACUAGACCAAUCCCCAGCAAAUGCAGAUGCGGAGCCAUCACUAGUCGGAGUACAACUCCUGAUCUGAUCCGCGUGAAUCGCUGGGGUGGAAGAAACCCGUAGACUAAGAAUGCUUUUAGCGUGUUUUUGUGAAAUCUGUUCUAUGUACAUAAGUUGCAUCGGUCCGUGUAUAUACUAACUUCAUUUGGGGAAGGCGUCAGCCCUUCGGAUGCCGGAUACCGGAUCCCAGAUUGCGUCGGUCCCUUUCACACGCUUGGAAGCGAGCGGGAUGGCACGUGCCAGAAAGAGGGAGAGGAAGAGAGCGGACCGACCGGAAGCCGUUGGCAGCCGUUCCACUGUACAAAAUAUAAUUUGUAAGACCUCCAGCGAAUAUGAAUAUAAGAAAUAUAAAUGUGUGGUCAUAACCGAA